CUUUCAACAACAUCCGGUGUCCCGCGAUUCUCUAGACUGUGCUCUGUCUUCUUCUCUCUUUCAUGUCCUGAGCUGGAGCGUACCUAAUGUCCAUUCCGCACUCUCGUUGAGAAGUCUUUGUAGCCACGAUGGUGGAUCUAGAACUCUCCCCUCCUCCGACCCCCGCGGAGGCUGCUACCGCGGCGGAGAGACGCGGGCUAAUGACUGGCUUCUCGAAGAAGGCAGCAGUGUAUCAUGGACGCGUGCCGUAUAUUAGCAAAUUACCGUUCUCGGUGGUAGCAGUAAUCAUAAUUCUGAUACUGGUUAAUUGCCUGGUCUGGGGUGGGGUGGGGAUUGUGUUGCAUUUCCAUGGCGCCCUCAUCUCCACCGCAAUCCUCUCCUACACCCUCGGUCUCCGCCACGCCCUCGACGCCGACCACAUCUCCGCAAUCGACCUCAUGACCCGCCGCCUCAUCGCCGCCAACCAACGCCCCGUAACCGUCGGCAUGUUCUUCUCCCUGGGCCACAGCACCAUCGUCAUCAUCACCUCCAUCACCGUCGCCGCCACCGCCGCCGCCGUCUCGCACUCCUUCUCCGCCUUCUCGCGCGUCGGCGGCAUCAUCGGCACCUCCGUCUCCGCCGCCUUCCUGCUAAUCCUGUCUGUCUUAAACAUGUACAUCCUGUACAAGCUCGUCCGCCAACUCCGGCUCAUCAUCAACAGCGCACCGGGGACGGAGGAGGCGUUUAAGAUCCAAGGCGGGGGUUGUUUGUUUCAUUUGUUGAAGAAGAUGUUUAAGUUGAUCGACCGACCGUGGAAAAUGUACCCCCUCGGCAUCCUCUUCGGCCUGGGCUUCGACACGUCGUCCGAGAUCGCGAUUCUGGGCAUCUCGAGCAUCCAGGCCGCGAAGGGGACGAGCAUCUGGCUGAUCCUGAUUUUCCCGCUGUUGUUUACAGCGGGCAUGUGUCUGCUGGACACGACAGAUGGCGCACUGAUGAUGGCGCUGUAUACGAGCACCGCACUGGCACGGGAUCAGAUUGCGGUGUUGUAUUAUAGCAUUGUGCUGACGGUCGUGACGGUGCUGGUGGCGCUGGUGAUUGGGAUGGUGCAGGUGCUGACGCUGGUGCUGAACGUGGCGGAGCCGAGGGGGAGGUUUUGGGACGGGGUGGGGAGGGUGGGGGAGAGGUAUGAUGUUGUUGGUGGUGUGAUCUGUGGCUCUUUUGUAGUCUUCGGAGGGUUGAGCGUGUUGCUGUAUAAGCCGUGGCGGCGGCGGGUGGAUCGGAAGAGG